AUGGGGGCCUUGGCCUCUGUCGGGCUGGUGGGCCCGCAGCCGGCAAGACAGGGGGCGCGUGGGGGCGCUGGAGUCCUGCGGCACACGGGCAGGCCAGCGGCAGGCAAGACGGGCCGGGCCAGGAUGGAGGAGCCGGCCCGACUCGCGGUCCAGCACACGGUGCGGAUGAGGAUGGCGGUGCUGCCGGCGCUGCGCGUGGUGCCUUUGCGAGGCCUCCUCCCCCUUCUCCCACUGGGAGACUGGUUUGCACCGGUGCACCUGCAGAAGCUGCUGCAUUCCUGCCUCACCGUCUUGCAGGCGCUCGCAUGGGUCUCAGAGCUGCACGGUGAGGACAGCGUCGGCCAGCUGCCGGCCCACCAGCUCACCGUGGAAGGCCUGAGCCUGGACCCGCUGCUCCAGCCCUGCCAGAUCCCCAAGCACCAGGAGCUGCUGCAAGCAGAGGAGGAGUGCUGCGCACGCCAGCUGCAGGCCGUGGCGCACCAGAGCAUGGUGCGGGACUUGGAGCUGGAGCUGGAGCUGGAGCUGGCGGGGGUGGCGGAGCAACAGAGCGGCGCCCUGGAAGGAGCAGCCCACCCAGAGCGGAGCGAGCGGAGGCUGCAUCCGGAGGCAGUGGCCCGGCGGCAGUGGGCCCGGCAGCUGGAGCCGGGGCUCCAGCGGAGUCACGAGUGCUGCGAGGAGAGGGAGCAGGCCGUCCGGAGGCGGGAUGAGCGCCUGCAUCAGGCCUGGGCUGAGGGGGCCCGUGCCCACGGUGCCUUGCUGCAGAGAGAGCAGGAGCUGGAGCGCAGCCGUGCGGAGUGGGGCACCUUGCGCGGAGAGGGGCAGGCCCUGCGGCACCAGGCGGCCCAGGCGACGGCGCAGCUGGAGGAGGAGCAGGUGCUGCUGCCCCAGAGCCGCCUGCGUGCCGUGGAGGAGCAGCUGGCCGAGCUGAUGCGCCACAUGCAGGCUGGCUGCCAGCUGGAAGCCGAGCGUGAGCCUCUCCGGGACAGGCUGUUCAGAGCAGAAGUAGAGCUGGAGCAGAAGAGGGCAAUGCUGCAGUGGCAGGCGGAGGAGCUUAGCCGAGCCAAGCGGCAGCUCCAGCGGGCCCUGCAGGCGGCUCAGCAGCACCAGCGGGCGGCCACUCGGCUGGAACUGGACCUGGCCAGCAGGCAGGAGGGGCUGAGCUGCCUGCAGCAACAGCUCUGCACCGCUCAGAGACAACUGGGCAGCCAAGCGCAGUGCUGGCAGAGGGAGCAAGAGGCGGCCCGGCUGGCCCUGGCAGAGAAGGACGAGGAGCUGGUGGUGAUGAAGGUGGAGCUGGCCUCGCUGGAGGAGAGGUGCUGCCGCGUGAUGGAGGAGAAGGAAGAGUUGCAGAAAGAGGCCAGCCUUCUCCGGCAGAAAGCUGUUCUCGCCCGCCAGGAGCUCUCCACUUGGCCUAGAGACACAACAAAGUGCUUCCUACAGGAGGGAGCCCAUCCUGGCUCCUCCGUGGCUGCAACCAUCGCUCCUCACAACCCGGUCCUCAGGCUGUGAGGGCAGCAGGGGCAGGCCAGGCAUCGGCUGUGCCCAGUCCCAGAAAGGGCAUGUGGGUCGGGGGCGGCAGAUCAACGGCAGUCGUGUGGAGUCUCACAAGCAGAAGACGUGUGCACAGACUAAGUCACCUCAGCCCAGAGACCAUGCCGCAGCAGUGU